AUGGAGUUAGUACUCGUAGCUUUAACAACGAUUUUGUUAAUAGUCUACUACAUCAUUAAGACUAGAAAUAAUUACUGGAUUAAACGGAACGUACCCUACGCGAAACCAGUAGCUGUUCUAGGUAAUUAUGGUGAAUAUUUGCUUAUGAGAAAGUCUAUGCCGGAAGUAGCCCAAUCGAUAUGUCAUGAAUACCCCAACGCGCCAUACUUCGGCGCCUUCUAUGGAACUGAACCUACGCUCAUGGUUCAAGACCCAGAUAUUAUAAAACAAAUUCUAACGAAAGAUUUCUACUAUUGCAACAGUAGGGAAAUCUCAAAUUAUACUCAUAAGGAAGUUAUCACCCAAAACUUGUUCUUCACUUUCGGAGAUAGGUGGAAGGUGUUACGGCAAAACUUAACUCCACUCUUCUCAUCAUCCAAAAUGAAGAGCAUGUUCUAUUUGAUUGAAAAGUGCUCUCACACUCUGGAAGACAUGCUUGAUUAUGAAUUCGGUAAGAGUCCUGUUUUAGAAAUUAGGACACUCUUAGCCAGAUACACAAUGGAUAGUAUAGGCACAUGUGCUUUUGGCAUAGAUACGAAAACUAUGGAAAAGGCUUCAUAUGAUAAUCCCUUUACUCAUAUAGGGAGGGCUAUAUUUUUAGAAACUUAUUAUAGGGGUUUCAAAGUUUUCGCCCGCGCUAUCUGGCCCGCAAUCUUUUAUGGUGUUGGCAUGAAGAGUUUCCCCACGGAAGUGGAUAGAUUCUUUAACAAGUUGAUGACAGAAGUAUUUAUCGAACGACAAUACAAGCCAUCUAUGAGAAACGACUUUGUAGAUCUAGUGUUGGGUCUUAAUGAAAAAAAAUAUAUCACCGGUGACAGAAUAACAAAUAUGAAAGGCGACGAUAAAAAAAUAACUCUCAAAGUUGAUGAUGAAUUUCUUAUAGCACAAUGUUUACUAUUCUUUGCGGCUGGUUUCGAAACAUCAUCUACCACACUGCAGUAUACACUGUAUGAGCUUGCAAAGAGUCCAGCGGCACAAGAUAAAGCACUUAAAGAAAUAGAUGACUAUUUAAUUCGUCACAAAAACAAAUUGGGUUACGAGUGUGUUACAGAGUUACCGUACGUUGAAGCUUGUAUCAACGAGGCUAUGCGUCUGUAUCCAGUUCUUGGAGUUCUAACACGUGAGGUGGUAGAGGAAUAUACUCUUCCAUGUGGUGCAGUACUGGAUAAGGGUGUGCGCAUCCAUAUCCCUGUGUAUCAUAUACACCGUCAUCCCGACUAUUUUCCAGAACCUGAAGAAUAUCGUCCAGAAAGAUUCUACGGAGAUGAGAAACAAAAUAUCAAACCGUAUACUUAUCUUCCAUUUGGAGAAGGACCUCGACUGUGUAUAGGUAUGCGGUUCGCGAGAAUGCAGAUGAUGGCUGGCAUUAUAACAUUACUCAAGAAAUACCGCGUAGAGUUGGCUGAGGAUACUCCUCGUAAGCUACAAUUAGGGGUAACAACCAUUAUAAUCCAACCUGCGGAGGCGAUUAAGCUGAAACUCGUAGAAAGAGAGGGCUGGCAACAACGAACUUUAGCAUAA